UUAAUUUCCACAAAUGAAGAAGGAGAAGAGGUUUGGGUAUGGGCAUAGGAGGGUUGUCAAAAGUUCCUGAAGCUGAUUAUGACCUGACUGAAUCGGAGCACCUUGACUUGUCUGGUAAUUAUCUGGAAGAAUUACCAACAAGUAUUAACAAGCUGAAAAAUCUCAAAACACUGACAUUAAACAACAACCAGUUGAGAGAUCUUCAAUUUCCACACAUGAUUUGCGAGUUGAGUAACCUGACCAUGCUUAGUGUGAGUAACAACCAGUUGUCUGUUCUACCUUCAAACAUUGAACGCCUCAAAGAACUGAAAAGACUCUACUUGUACAAUAACAAGUUGACCACAUGGCCUGAUGAUGUUGGUAAGCUGAUGGAGCUCAUAAUGUUGGAUGUGAGUAAUAUGAAGCAGAGAACUUCCACACACUAUUUAGGCUUUACAAAUUUUAUUAGAGACAGGGUUUCAGAUCUUAGUAGCAGAGGGUUGUCAAAAGUUCCUGAAGCUCUUUCUGACUUGACUGAAUUGGAGAAACUUGGCUUGUCAGGUAACUAUCUGAAACAAUUACCAACAAGUAUUAACAAGCUGAAAGAUCUCAAAAUGCUGAGAUUAAACAAGAACCAAUUGACAGAACUUCCUCACAUUAUUUGUGAGUUGAGUAACCUGACCAUGCUAAGUAUGGAUGACAACCAGUUGUUUGUUCUACCUUCAAACAUUAAACCUCUCAAGAAUCUCCAGGGACUGGACUUGAGAUACAACCAAUUGACUACAUUGCCUGAUGAGAUUGGUGAACUGAAGGAGCUGGAAGGGCUGAACGUGGGAAAAAACCAGCUGCCAGUUUUAUCAUCACACAUAAAACAUCUCAGUAAACUCUGGAGACUGUUGUUGAGUUACAACCAGUUGAAUACAUUGCCUGAUGAGAUUGGUGAACUGAAGGAGAUGGUAGAGCUGAAUGUGGGAAACAACCAGCUGACAGCUAUAUCAUCACACAUAAAACACCUCAAUAAACUCUGGAUACCGAUAUGAGCAUAGGAAGGUUGUUGACUGCUGUUACUGACCUGACUGAAUUGGAGGACCUUUACUUGUCAGGUAAUUAUCUGAAAAUAAUAUGAUUUUAGUACUCAGGAAAUGCAAGAUGUAUCAUUUUGGAGGUCAAAAGAGAUGUACACUGUCUAAUUUUAAAGACAGGAAAUGAGUGACAUUUACUAUAACUAGCAGGUAAAAAAAGUUGGAAAAGUUAGCUUUUAAUUUUGACCCUGAAAACGCGUCAUACGUAGAUGACUCCCUUGGCAUAUCGCCGACUAGCAAGCAGCCCAGGUGGAAAAUUACCUCAGUGGGGCUGCUGCAAUGCACAGCCAAGACAGGGCUUCUUAAGUUCAUCCAAGAUGCCUUGUUAGAUGCUUUUUCAGGUGGGCCUUUCAGUGCCUUCCUCUUUUAUAUUUUGGACAAAGGGCCGAAAAUCGCCAAAGAAAAAUUUGAAAAACCCAAACUGCCCACCAGUGAAACGGCUAACUUUGCUUUGUCCAGAAGAGGGUCCAACCACAGUAACAAAAGUCCUUGCCUUCACAAAAUGGUUUUAGGAUCAGAAACUGACCUAAAAGAUGGGCCCUUCACCUACCAGCUGAGGAGAGCUUCAAACUAAGGCCAUAGGAAUGUAAUGUAAUGAGGAAAUAGAGCAGGAUCCAAUUUGUAAGCACUAACAAUGUUAUCAUUGCCUUUAGUCAUGUCUAUUUUCCAGUCAUUGUGUAUUCAGUAUAUGCCUUGUGCUUUCACAAGUGACUCUCGUCACUUCGCAUCUCUUUAAAAGUAAAAUGUUCUAAAUAUUUACCGAUAGUCUUAAUAUUACAAAAACAUGUACUGCAUCUCACAUACUUUGCAAAGAAAAAUUAACAUACCAUUCCAUUGUUUAUCAACACUAAGUUUUUACCUUUUUAUCACCAAUGUUCAUUUAGUAGACCAAUAAUUUGAGGUAGUGAACAACUGGUGAUCUCAUGGCCGAGCACCGACACAGCCCCAGCAUCUGAGUUUAUAACUCCAUAUUUUUUCACAAUGGAUUUUCCCUGCUUGCUCCCAUAAGGAAAAGGUGAUUUUCAUAUAAAUCGUCCAAUAACACGACCCACACAACAUGAUUGGGCAGAGCACCUUCAGGUGGUAUCAGGAUGGGAGGUUUGCUAGACACAAAGUAUGGAAGUUCGUCGUUUACAAACAAAUGUAAAACAAUAAAAUUGCAAGCAAGAUAUAAAUUCCCAACCAUAUAUAUUUGUGAGUAAUAAUGGGUAAAAAGGUAAUGGUAAUGUUUUAGGAGAUAGGUGUUGGGUCAUUCGAAAUAUAAUCUUGGAAUAUUUUAGGUGUUAGGGAUACAGUGACAUUAUGGACUUGCUCCUUAUCUAGCUGAUCAAAUGUUGUCUUCUCUUAUUGUUGUUGUUGUAUAUGCAGGUGCUGCAUUUCCUAGGAAAGAGUUCUUCAGCGAAAUAUGUGUAAAUUACUUGGCUGUUGUUGCACUGGAAAUGGUGCCGUGUAACUUAACUAUUUUGAAUGCAGUAUCUACUUAAAUAAUGUUGGCCGAUUCUUGGUAAAAUACCUUCAAGUUGGUACAUUCAUUUCUGCGAGCACCAUUACUGCACUGCAUGUCUUCGGUUCAGCUUCUUUGUCCAGCAACUCGUUUGUUUACUCGCAGGUGUCUAUCGAGAAAAUGAAAUAAAAAUUGAAAUCUAGAUUUGGAAGCACUCUUUUUGGAAUUAGUUGUUUUAGAUUCCUUCACUUAUUUUUAGUCUCCUGUCCAAUUUUUCAGUCAAACCUUGCUCUUUUUACUGAUCUUUUCAAGGAGUUUGAUAGCGAUGUUUAAUUACUUUAUUCACACUUCGACCCAAAUAAAAAAAAAAAGAUUCUUUGCAAUAGCAGCCGCACCUUGUUAGAAUGUGUUUGUACCAAGAGCACGUUCACUUAAUGAGAUGGAUAGUUCCAACUGGAAAUCCCGCCCAUGAAGCUGGGAGUUUGCAAACCUAUUUCUUGUAACACUUUAGUCGUAGAGAAUUUUCCACAACAACUUUUAUUAGAGACCUUGGCACCUUUCCUUGAUUUUAUUCUGUAAACUUAUUCGUGAUAAUUUUUAUAUUUUACGUGCUGUUUUAUUUUGAUCAUACACCCUUAUGCUUGAUAGUGGAAGUACAGGAAUGAAAAGAUUUUUCACCAAGUAAAUUCUGUGAAGGUGCAUACCUAGGGUGACAUACGGCACAGCCGCAUUCAUGCUAGUAGAACACUGCACAUGUACUGACAUAAGCGUUGAUUUCCGAAUUUGACGGAUUAGACAGCUGACUGACAGCACAGGUGUGAUCCAGAUAAAAGAGCGCGGGCCAAACCUACGUGUCAGAGUUGUAAUGAUCAGAGUUGAAUGAAGUUUGUCAAGAGCAGAAGUUGAAAAGAGAUCAUUAGAGAUUAAAAGUGAGCAAAAGUGCCAGUUUCCAGCAAAGACACACCUCCCUAUGUUCCAGACAAUACCUAAAACUUUUCAUUCCAAACUAUUCCAUACAAUACUUUGACUUUUUAUGAUUAGUUGCACCUUUGCCGUGAGGAGGUGCCCAUAUCCCUGCCAUCACCAAGUUGGGAGGCCUUUAGACAUCACAUCAUCAUCAUCAUCGUAUUUUCCACCUGCUCUUAUUUCCCAUUCAACAAAGACCACCUCCUACCAAAUUAAUGAACUCAAUGCAUCCAGGCAAUGCCUGUUUUAUGGUAAGUACCAUUAUUUAGAGUUUUUGUUUUGAAUAGGCAAGGUUGGUUACUUGUAAUUGGUUAAUUGUGAAAAUUGAAGUCAGAAGAAUUUUUGACUGUAAUGUGUAAUGCCCUCAUUCAACACUUCCACAUUAAUGUAUAUGUUAAACAGGAUCUUACUAUGGAUAACAUCAGGAAAACAGCAUGAGAGUUUGAAACGAGAGAUCAGAGCCAGUUUGAUGCAUUUGUCUUCAUCAUCCUUUCAUAUGGUGAUUGUGAUGAUGUUGUUUUUGGUGUGAAUGGAGGGAAUGUAAGUGUUGCAGAACUCAUCUGUUUCUUCCUUCCCUCUUGUUGUUGUUGUUGUCUCGUCACCUGGCUCACCACAGGAACUGGUUUCCCUAGUCCUGGUCCAUGCCAUUCAAGAAAACAUACUACUACUCAAGAUGUUUUCAAGUUAUGAUGCUGCAGAAUUCCUUCGAAGGGAAAUCCAACAAUACUGUAACAAGCCUGGUGCAGACCAUUUCAACGGUCCCAUUACACCACAGUCACGUCCCUUUCCAAUACAUAUUCUGGGGGUGCCUUCUACCUUGGGGGAAGAUACAUAUAAUCGCAUUGUUACCCUUUGGCCCUGGAAAUGUAGUUGCAUUGACAAUGAUCUUAACUUUUUUGUCUUAAUUGAAUAUAUUUCCACUCCCAAUUUAUCUUUACAUCACUGCUGAAGACAGCUGAAACUAAGGAGGGAGGAAUGUUACUGCACAUUAGAUAUUAAUUGUGCUCUAUUUCAUGCCCUUCAACAGACCAAAAAACUAAACCAACUGCCAAACCACAUGUACAGGGUUUCGGGCCAAAACAGUCCAGCAGAGCAACGUAAUGCCAGCACCAAACUUUUUCAAACCACAGUUAAGACUAUGCAUGGGUUUUUGCCAUUUUUUCCACCUUUCAUACAAAUGACUAUAUUAAACAAAUAAAUAUUGUUCUCUUUGGAUAUUGCUUGAUCAAGGAAAAUUUUAAGACAAGUUUGUAUUAAAACUCUUUUUUUCUAUUAUUUAUUUGUUUACUUUUUUUAAAAAAAUUGUAUCAAUGUUAUAUAAAUUUUUUUCUAUGUUAUUUUUUUUUGGCUAUUGAGAAAUCAAUUAAGCCCAAUUCUAUCAAAUAAAAGUUGUUUUUCUUUAGUUAUUACUCAUUUUAUACUUAUUCCCCAUUUUCAUUGUUUCACUGUAAAUAGUCUUCUAAUUUGAAUAAUUUACUGUAAACAUAGCUUUUAGCAUGUUGUAGUUUUAGUUAUAUUUUGUAUACCAUUAUUUCUUUAAGUAAACAUUAUCAGGGCUUCUGUUGACCCUAGGUGUUUUUGUUUCUAAAAGGAGCACCUGUUAUAAAUUAAGUAAAGGUGUCGAUCUAUCCAGAUAUACAGGUUUUCGUCUUUUUGACAAUCACAAAAAAAUGUUUGCUAGAACAAAACUGUACCAAGUGUGUUGAUAUGCGUUAAGCUUUAAUUUUUGUUCCAGAGAACAUUCAGAAAUUGUAGGACUAAUUGACAAGAACACAUUUGUGUUGUCAGAGUUAUUAAACAGGUGAAAAGUGAACAAGAUCCAUAGAUGUAGUAAAAGAAGUAUUUAAAAAGAAUACGUGCCAAGGAACAUGGUAGAAAAUGUUGAGAAUAAAGCAAAAGUUUUAGCAACCAAUGAAAUCUCCAGUUAGUGUUCAAACUAAACUGGACAAGAUCCACAGAAGUAGCAAAAGAAGUAUAUAAAAAGAAUACAUGCCAAGGAACAUGGUAGAAAAUGGUAAAAAUAAAUCAAAAGUUUUAGCAACCAAUGAAAUCUCCAGUUAGUGUUCAAACUAAACUGGACAAGAUCCACAGAAGUUAAAGAAGUAUUUAAAAAGAAUACAUGCCAAGGAACAUGGUAGAAAAUAGUAAGAAUAAAACAAAAGUUUUAGCAACCAAUGAAAUCUCCAGUUAGUGUUCAACGUAAACUGGUUUCACUCACACCUGAAUGACAUUGUGAUCAAGUUCUCUACCUUCAGUACGGGUCAGACAUUUUCCUCACCCUUGAAUUAUUCUGGAUAUGAUAAACACAUCAGCCAUUAAUUGUUAAAUUUAGUUUCAGCAUGUUCUCCUUUCAUCUUUGCAUAACAGAUACAGUUUAAGAAGUGUUGAGACUUUUGGACUAGCAGCAUCAGUUGAUGAACUGAUACUGAGUUAGGUAAGUCGAGAACUAACAAUUACUUAGGUUACACUGUACACAUUUAGUUGGAUUGAGUCACGUCACUUGACUACAUCACAGAUGGUUUUGUCUUUGAAAGAGUUUGUGUAAAAUGGAUGCAUUCAUGAUGCUGUUUUUGUACCUUCCUGAUAUUUGACAGCUUAGAACUUCUAAGUGUAAGGUUUCACAAUUCCUAUUAAUUUGUCUGAAUAUGUUGUUAAUUUUAGUGUUAAGUUCUGCGUCUGUAAUAGAUUUACCAUAGAUGUAUCUGAGUGUUUUCUAAUGAUUGUGCACAAAACACUGAGCAUUACAAUUAACUCGUCAUGUUGCAUGAACUGUGUGUUGAAAACUUUCAGUGAAUUGGUCUCAACAGAAGGAGAAACAUGUUUGUGAAGUUGUGUCAGUGUGCUCUGUGAGUUUGAAUAUAUUACCAAAAUAUUGUUUUUCAUUUAUUACUUUACAGUUUCUCUUACUAUUAACUUCAAUAUUUCAAUACAUUAAUUGAGUAUAACAAUUCUAUAAAGUUGGAAAUUCCUUACGAAUGACACUGAAAUAAUAAUAUACCAGAACACAAAGAAUAAAAAAACUUAACUACAUGUACAAAAGUAGCUUAUUCAUAAUCCCCCAUGUCAAAAAAAUAACAUGUUAAUUUAAAUCAGUUAAUUUUAAAAAAUAAAUAUAUUUGAGGCAAUAUUUCUGAGAAAAUAUUUCACUUUAUGCAGUUGUAACCAAACAGAUGUAAUGAUUGCUCAAGCUAAGGUGCAUGCAUAAAUAUGUAUGUAGUUACAUUUUAAUGCAUUGCUAAUGAAUAGACAGUUAUACUGCAAAUUCCUAACGCAUAACAAACAUGUAAUGUGAGGAUAUAAAAGAGCUGAUUGAUUAAACCAUUAGCCGCUGAACAGUUGGAGUGAAAAAUGUUGUUGUCCACACACAUUACAAAAUGAGCGAACUCGUAAUGUGGGAGUAAUUCAUUCUCGCCGGCUGAGCUUGCGAAAGAGGUGAGAAAUGAGGUUCUCACACACUGAAGUGGGGGCUGGGCCCAAGUUAGGAUAUCACUUGUCACGCUAGGUCUCAUGCUUCAGUUUUCUGUUCCUUGCCACAUGAGCAACAGCUUUUUUUUCUUAUUCUAGGUUUCAAAAUCUUUGUUUGUCACUAACAUGCCUCCAAAAUCCAGAGCAAGCUCAGGAAUUAUUUCCUCACAACCAGUCCCGAAAAAUCUGGCAGAAAACGAUUGAGAAAGGAGCUUGAUGCCGAAGAAUUGAGGAACCGAAGAGACUGGAGAAUUGACGAAAUGAAGAUUGUGUGGCAGACAAAUGGCAUUCAGUGUGUGAGAAUGUAAGGAAGACUCAUAUAGUAGACUUGUUAUGUGCAAGUAAGCUGUACUUUUAAGAACCGAUUGAUCAAACUGUUGGCCAUUGAUCUGUUGGAGUGAAAGUUGUUGUCAUCUGUGUGCAUUACAAGAUAAUCAACUGUUGGCUUAUAAGUAAUCAAGUGCGGCAAAAAACUAUCAGAUGUAAUCUGGAAGCUUGCAAAUCACUGCUUGUGGCAUACGCAAAACACAGUUAUCUAAAUGCUGCUUGGAAAAAUACUCUAGAAAAUAUUCUGUAGACACACACACAGUGUUACAAACUGACAAUGAGACUUUUGAGAUCCAUUAAAAA